CAUGUUCCACGUUCAUAUUUACCGGCGCUAGGACCCUGCGCUCACGUGAGCGCGCCCAUGAUUAUUUUUUUUAGAGGCAUCGCGCGCGCGAGAGGCGCAGUACGAGGAGCGCGUGGCGCAGCGCACUGAGCUGAACCGGAGACUGACGUGUUCCUCUAAAAUCUGUGCAGCGCGCGCGCAGGACAACAUGACACGCGAGGACCAGUGAUGGACGCCGGAGAGCGCGAGGAAGUAGGUCACACGCGCGCGCGCACCGAGCACCGAGCAAACGGGGAUAAACACCGGAGAUCCCACGCGCCUUGAACACAAAGAAAACACCAAGUCCUGUUUUUCUCCUCGCGCUGUUACGCACAAGCCCGAAUUCACCCUGCUGUGUGUUUUCAGAGACAAAACAUUUAAAGAUAUUUAGGCGAAGUUUUUUUUUUUUUUAAAUCUUUUAUUUAUUCCAAAGCAUUAAACAGGUUUUUCUCCACCGGUUCAACGACGUUACAGGACACGCGCGAGAACCUAAACGGUGACCCGGUGGCGCGUGGAUGCAGGAGCAUGGAGCAGAGAGAGAGGGCAGCAGAAUGUUAAUAUUUGGACAAAAUUAAAAACAUAUAAGAGCACAAAAAAGAUUUCUGCAGUCAGAUAUAUAUGAUUAUUAAAAGCGCUGGUCUUGAUCGGCUUCCUGCUGUUCUGUGUUCUGUUAUUUGGGAUAAUCCCACAAUUUUAAAACAAGAGGAUGGAAAAAAUAAAAAAUAAAUAAAUAAAAGCAGGUUAAAACGACCCGAUGACGGAGAGGUCACAGAGAGAUCGCACGCUCCCGGAUUCUGAUCAGCGAGCUCAGGACGUUGUGACCUACAGCAUCACUGUUUAACAUUCCAGCUGUUAAGGAUGUGACGCUGGAUCCGAUUAACUACAAGGAGAAUCUGAACUUGGGACUUGUGGAACAGUUUGAAUUUGUUCUCGUGGUUUUUCGAAGCCGCUAGCGAACUAGGAACCUCGGAUGCUGCGUGGAAGCAAAAAACGGCUAUAACCUUCUCUGUACUGGAUUAAGAAAGUAGAACACACUGGCAGUCAAUGAGUGCCCAGGUUGGUGUGCCCAUGGUGGCACGGAGCACUAAUGUGGGCACGGCCCCGGUGGAGGACAUGCAGGCGCUGUCAAUCACCUCUCUCUCUGCCUCGGAGGUGGAGCAGCAGUACGAGCUGAUCGGGCCCUUAGGGAAGGGCACGUAUGGUCGGGUAGAUCUGGUGGCUCAUCGCACACAGGGCACCAAACUGGCUCUAAAGUAUGUCAGUAAGAACAAGACCAAGCUGCGGAGUUUUCUACGCGAGUACAGUUUGACCGCGGCGUUGGGUUGCAGCCCGUUCAUCAUCAAAGCCCUGGAAGUUCUGUUCGAGACGGAAGAGAGCUACGUAUUUGGCCAGGAGUACGCGCCUGCAGGAGACCUCUUCGACAUCAUACCUCCGCAGGCUGGUUUGCCUGAGGACAUGGUGAAGCGGUGUGUGCAGCAGCUCGGCUUGGCUCUGGACUUCAUGCACAGUAAAAGUCUGGUCCAUCGAGAUGUGAAGCCAGAAAACGUCCUCCUGUUUGACCGCGAGUGCCGGCAUGUGAAGCUGGCUGACUUCGGAAUGACACGGAGGGCAGGCAGCCGUGUCAAACGAGUCAGCGGUACCAUCCCCUACACGGCGGCCGAGGUGUGCCAGGUCACAGGCUCGGAGGGCAUCGUAGUGGCAACGCCGCAGGACGUAUGGGCGUUCGGUGUGCUCCUCUUCUGCAUGCUGACCGGAAACUUCCCCUGGGAAGCAGCGCUGCCCAGUGACAACUUUUAUGCUGAGUUCCAGCGUUGGCAGCACGGUGCGUGUCCUCCUGGCACCGUGCCCUCACAGUGGCGGCGCUUCUCUGACGACGCGCUGCGCAUGUUCGGCCGGCUCCUAGCGCCCGAGCCGGAGCGCCGUUGUGGUGUGAAAGAGGUUUUUUACUUUCUAAAAUAUGAUCUACUCAACCAUCAUCGCAGAAGAGCUUCCUGUAGAGCCUCUCGGCUAACACGAGGCACCGCCCACAAACACGGAGAACACGCCUCCGUGCCAGGCACUUCCUGUCUUCGGCCCACGCCUCUUAAACGUAGCAUCCUGUCAGAGCCGCACUCAUCGAGGGAGGAUCUUUCUAAAAGCCCCUCCCCCAACCGGCAGGACAAGAGUAAAAUGGUAAUGGCCACGCCCAUCGAAAUCUGUGUAUGAAAGCACACACAUGCUUCGGUAUUCGUAAGCUGUAUUAAUAGGAAUCACAGAAGCUCUGUUUUUUUAUUAACACAGCAAAUUGCCGACUAUGCCAUAAUACUUGUUGUUGUUUUUUUAUCCAUUUAAAGUUGUCGCGCUUCCACAAUAUAGGUUUGUUUCUCAAAUUUUACUCACUGUAAAUUUACCAAGCGCUGAAACUGGAGACUCCUUCCAGAAAUUUGAAAUAAACAUCCCCUAAAUAAACACCUCCAUCGACCGGAAUAAUUAAACAGUUAUCACGGUUCUCGUUAAGCGGAUCUUUGGAACGGAUUUACGGAGGAAUCGCCGAAGCACGAUCCGAAUCUACGACAUUUUCGACGUUCCGUGCUUCCUCUUUAUUACAGACAAACUUGCGCUAAGAGAUAUGACUUUGAGAUCAGGCAGCUUUCUUAAAGUCUGUAGACCAGACUCUCUGUUUCCGACUACUUCUUCCUGUGGUCCUUCUUCCGUAAACCUUCGCUCACCGAGCACGUCCGACCCUAGGUUCGGCCCUUCCCGUCUUAGUCAUGUGACUCAACAAACCAGCCUAUCAGGGGGCUGAUAACCUCGGAGACUGAUUUUUCAUGCAUUUCUACUAAGAGACUGCGAACGAUACGGCCGCUUCCCAUAUAUGGACGUUGUACGUAGGUACGCAGGAUAUGACAUCACUAUCCUUCAGUAGAACACAUAUGUGGGGGGGUGGGGUCUCUAUAGACAACAGGGAUUCUUUAUUAUCUGUGUAAGUGUGUGAAUACGUGUGGUUGUGUUUAAUAGUUCUGUAUAAGCACAAGUUUUUUAUAGUUUGUUUAAGAAACAUUAAGGACUGUUCUUGAGAGAUUUAACUAGGACAAAUGUUUGUUGGUUAUGUGUUCAGGUUGUGCCAUUAUGUAGCUUUUAUUUAUUUAUUUAUUUUUAAAAAAUUUGAUUGUAAGAAACCGUUUUACUAGCAAAAUAUCCUGCACAGAAACACAUUAGUAGCCUGAAAAUUAGUACCUGUUUGUAACGGAUGUCUGGAGGUCGGUACAUUUAGUAUUUUUAAUAUUUGGGUCAAAAAAAAAAAGAUAGGUUUCUUUCGAACUUUUGAAGUAAAAAUAAGAAAGUAGGACACGGUAGUCGGUGUAGCAGGGGGAUAACGUAUGCAAGUGGAUAGCAACGCUUGACUUCAGCAGGUGGAGGAUGAUGAAAAAAAGAAUGGAAGAAAGAAAAAAACAGGGAUGGGGUAUCGGGGUUUGGUGUUUGAUGUUUGACGCUUCAAAAAAAAAAAGGAACAAUGGUAUUAAAUUAUGUAGCAGGAGGUACGAGAUAUCUUUAUAUAUAUGAUCCUGAAAAAGCGGUCUUUGCUAAUUGCUAAUCAUGUUGAAUAAAAUGAUAUGAACG